GGCUCGCCGGCUCCGCGCCGCGGGCCUGCCCUCAGGCCCCCGCGGGCUCGGCGCCGCCGCCGGGAGGCUCGCGUAGCUCCGGGACCCGCCCGCCGCGUCCCCUGGGCAACCGUCUCCAGGGAGAUCGGGCCCCGCCCCCGGCACCGACACCCGACAGAUAAGGAGCUCAGAGUCAGGCAGGGGCGGAAUGGUGCUCACUGAUUCCAAAGCAUCUUUGAUCUGCCAGCCAGAGGGGCAUUUGCUGCUGGUCUUUCUUGGACCAUUCCAGAGAGGACAAGCAGGGUCUGAGAAGUGAAAGAGCAGGAUGCCCCCUGGGGUUGACUGCCCCAUGGAAUUCUGGACCAAGGAGGAGAAUCAGAGUGUGGCCGUUGACUUCCUGUUGCCCACCGGGGUCUAUCUGAACUUCCCUGUGUCCCGGAAUGCCAACCUCAGCACCAUCAAGAAGGUGUUGUGGCACCGAGCCCAGUAUGAGCCACUCUUCCACAUGCUCAGCGACCCCGAGGCCUACGUGUUCACCUGCGUCAACCAGACCGCAGAGCAGCAGGAACUGGAGGACGAGCAGCGGCGGCUCUGCGACAUCCAGCCCUUCCUGCCAGUGCUGCGUCUGGUGGCCCGAGAGGGGGACAGGGUGAAGAAGCUGGUCAACUCGCAGAUCAGCCUCCUCAUCGGCAAAGGCCUCCAUGAGUUCGACUCCUUGCAUGACCCCGAAGUGAACGCCUUUCGCACCAAGAUGCGCCAGUUCUGCGAGGAGGCGGCCGCCCGCCGGCAGCAGCUGGGCUGGGAGGCCUGGCUUCAGUACAGCUUCCCUCUGCAGCUGGAGCCCUCGGCCCGGAGCUGGGGGGCCGGCACCGUGCGGGUCCCCACCCGGGCCCUCCUGGUCAACGUCAAGUUUGAGGGCAGCGAGGAGAGCUUCACCUUCCAGGUGUCCACCAAGGACGUGCCCCUGGCGCUGAUGGCCUGUGCGCUCCGGAAGAAGGCCACCGUGUUCCGGCAGCCCCUGGUGGAGCAGCCCGAGGACUACACGCUGCAGGUGAACGGAAAGCACGAGUACCUGUAUGGCAGCUACCCCCUGUGCCAGUUCCAGUACAUCUGCAGCUGCCUGCACAGCGGGCUGACCCCCCACCUGACCAUGGUGCACUCCUCGUCCAUCCUGGCCAUGCGGGACGAGCAGAGCGACCCUGCCCCCCAAGUCCAGAAACCACGCACCAAACCACCCCCCAUUCCCAUGAAGAAGCCUUCUUCCCUGUCCCUGUGGUCCCUGGAGCAGCCUUUCCGCGUGGAGCUGAUUCAGGGCAGCAAAGUGAAUGCCGAUGAGCGGAUGAAGCUGGUGGUGCAAGCUGGGCUCUUCCAUGGCAACGAGACGCUGUGCAAGACGGUGUCCAGCUCGGAGGUGAGCGUGUGCUCGGAGCCCGUGUGGAAACAGCGGCUGGAGUUCGACAUCAACAUCUGCGACCUGCCUCGCAUGGCCCGUCUCUGCUUUGCACUUUACGCCGUGAUCGAGAAGGCCAAGAAGGCUCGCUCCACCAAGAAGAAGUCCAAGAAGGCGGACUGCCCCAUCGCCUGGGCCAACCUCAUGCUGUUCGACUACAAGGACCAGCUCAAGACCGGGGAAUGCUGCCUGUAUAUGUGGCCGUCCGUCCCAGACGAGAAAGGGGAGCUGCUGAACCCCACGGGAACAGUGCGGAGUAACCCCAACACGGAGAGCGCUGCGGCCCUCGUCAUCUGCCUCCCUGAGGUGGCCCCCUACCCUGUGUACUACCCCACCCUGGACAAGAUUCUGGAGCUGGGGCGGCACGGGGAGCACGGGCGCUUCAGUGAGGAGGAGCAGCUACAGCUGCGGGAAAUCCUGGAGCGGCGGGGCUCCGGGGAGCUGUACGAGCACGAGAAGGACCUGGUGUGGAAGAUGCGGCACGAGGUCCAGGAGCGCUUCCCCGAGGCGCUGGCCCGCCUGCUGCUGGUCACCAAGUGGAACAAGCACGAGGAUGUGGCCCAGAUGCUCUACCUGCUGUGCUCCUGGCCCGAGCUGCCUGUCCUGAGCGCCCUGGAGCUGCUGGACUUCAGCUUCCCCGACCGCCACGUGGGCUCCUUCGCCAUCAAGUCUCUGCGGAAGCUGACGGACGAUGAGCUUUUCCAGUACCUGCUGCAGCUGGUGCAGGUGCUCAAGUACGAAUCCUACCUCGACUGCGAGCUGACCAAGUUCCUGCUGGACCGGGCCCUGGCCAACCGCAAGAUCGGCCACUUCCUCUUCUGGCACCUCCGCUCCGAGAUGCACGUGCCCUCCGUGGCUCUGCGCUUUGGCCUCAUCAUGGAAGCCUACUGCCGGGGCAGCACCCACCACAUGAAGGUGCUGAUGAAGCAGGGGGAGGCGUUGAGCAAGCUGAAGGCCCUGAGUGACUUCGUCAAAGUGAGCUCCCAGAAGACCACCAAGCCCCAGACCAAGGAGCUGAUGCACCUGUGCAUACGCCAGGAGACCUACCUGGAGGCCCUCUCCAACCUGCAGUCCCCGCUGGACCCCAGCACGCUGCUGGCUGAAGUCUGCGUGGAGCAGUGCACCUUCAUGGACUCCAAGAUGAAGCCCCUGUGGGUGAUGUACAGCAACGAGGAGGCGGGCAGUGACGGCAGUGUGGGCAUCAUCUUUAAGAACGGGGACGACCUCCGCCAGGACAUGCUGACUCUGCAGAUGAUCCAGCUCAUGGAUGUUCUGUGGAAGCAGGAGGGACUAGACCUGAGGAUGACCCCCUAUGGCUGCCUCUCCACGGGGGACCGCACAGGCCUCAUUGAGGUGGUGCUUCACUCAGACACCAUCGCCAACAUCCAGCUCAACAAGAGCAACAUGGCGGCCACAGCAGCCUUCAACAAGGAUGCCCUGCUCAACUGGCUCAAGUCCAAGAACCCUGGGGAGGCCUUGGAUCGAGCCAUCGAGGAGUUUACCCUCUCUUGCGCCGGCUACUGCGUGGCCACUUACGUGCUGGGCAUCGGUGAUCGGCACAGCGACAACAUCAUGAUCCGCGAGAAUGGGCAGCUGUUCCACAUUGAUUUUGGCCACUUUCUGGGGAAUUUCAAGACCAAGUUUGGAAUCAACCGUGAGCGAGUCCCGUUCAUCCUCACGUAUGACUUUGUGCACGUGAUCCAGCAGGGGAAAACGAAUAACAGUGAGAAGUUUGAAAGAUUCCGGGGUUACUGUGAGCGAGCCUACACCAUCCUGCGGCGUCACGGGCUGCUCUUCCUUCACCUCUUCGCCCUGAUGCGGGCCGCUGGCCUGCCGGAGCUCAGCUGUUCCAAAGACACCCAGUAUCUCAAGUGUGGGAGAAGCUGGGGGGUCGGGAGGGUGGUCGGCCACGAGCCCCUCUGUGGUGCCUGGUUCAUGCACAACGACGCUGCCCCCUCCUCCGCUCCCCCUGUGCAGAAGGACUCUCUGGCGUUGGGGAAGACUGAGGAGGAGGCUCUAAAGCACUUCCGAGUGAAGUUUAACGAAGCCCUCCGGGAGAGCUGGAAGACCAAAGUGAACUGGCUGGCCCACAAUGUGUCCAAAGAUAACAGGCAAUAGCCGCCCGAGAACUACCCACCCGCCUUGGGAACCGGGCACCGGGCACCCUCAGCCGUCCUGUGGGGCCGAAGAGCCUGAACGGCACCCCGUGGGCAAGCGCCUACACACUGCCUUUUGUUUACACUGGUUAUUUAUUUAUGACUUGAAAUGUUUCAGGAGCUAAACAGCCAUAAAUGGAGAUGUAUCCUUUGUACAGGGGAGGGGCGCCGUCCUCCUGCGCCCCUGAGCCGAGCCUCAGGCUCUGAGGAGGAGACGCUGGGAGUCGGGCACCUCCGAGGCCGCAUCUUGCUAAGGACCGUCAGUCACCCCGAGUCUUCCAGCUGGUGAAUCAGGACCCAGCAAAGACUGCUCUCUCCCCACUGCUGGGAAGCCUGCCUUCUUCCCGGGCUCCCGCCGGGCCGCACAGGGCUUGGCGCCUGGUGAUCACCCUGGUGACAGGGUGCCCACGACUCCGUUCCCCCCUCCACCUUUGUGCUCUCCACUGACUGAGCACUGGGCAGCUCCCAGGGGAAGCCUGGGUACCCUCUAGAUUCAGGGAUGCUUGCUUUCCACUUUUAAAGUGACUCGGGUACGGGACUGCUCCCCUCUCUCUGCUGUAAAGCAAUUUUGUUUGCGGGUAGGAAAGAAAACAAACUACUCACUGAACCUCGAUGGCUCAGAAUGGCCUCAGCCCCAGAAAGUAUAAUAUACGCUGGUCCUCAAAACAUUAAAAAGAUUGGAGCUUGAUUGAGCUCAACCACGGAUCAAGGCGAACGCAGGUCGGAAUACUCGGUUGCAAUUAUCUGAAUCCGGCCUCGUAAAGCAGGCUUUGAGGACAGAGGACUUGCUCUUCAGACUCGCCCCUUUAACCUGCUGUGGGGGAGCAAUCAGGUUUCGGAAAUGUGGGGCCGGUCUGUGGUGGAAUGUUUUUCUCUGACGGUACUUGGCUUGAACCAGUUCAGGCUUCGCCUUUGGUGGACCUGAAGAGCUCUAGCAGUGCCAGGUUCCUGGGCCCCUCCCGGCCAUCUGAGGCCGACUCCGGAGACGGGGCUAGGAAUCUGGGCUUCUCGAAGCCCACGGGUGAGCCUGACGUGUUAGCAGCCGCCUUGGGCCCCACCCAGCUCACUACUGGUCUCUCAAUCUCUCAAAGGCCUCGCAAGGCCUGGCAGAGCCGGGAGCAGCUGCCCUCUGUGCAGGUGCGUGGCUUUAAAAAAAAAAGAAGCCAGGUGCCGACCUUCUUUGGUUAGAGGCACAGUCCGUGAGCAGGGAGUACCGGCCCCAGCCCACCACUGACCACACCCUUGUCCCCAACUAAGUGCUGAAUUCAUUCGCCCCACCUCGCCGGUUUGGCAAUAGGAAGAGCUGAGUGUAUGUCUCUAUGUUGUGUUAUUUAUUUAAACGAGUCUAUGUGCUUCCUGGCGUUCUGGUUCGGGUACACGGCCUGUGCACCUGCCGAGAAAGGAUUUUUUUUUUUUUUUUGGUCUUUUAACAUUUCUGUACGGGGAAGGUGAGUUCAACACUUAACCCGUGGGGGCUGAAGACCCGCACUCUGUGAAGCUUUCACAGGAGAGGUA